AUGGAUUCCAGAAGACCAUCUCCAUCACGUAGUGGUAGGAGUUCAAGGUCAGUCACCUCACGUUCCCCAUCAGAACUUGCACGACAGUUGGCUAAGCAACAGUCUCGUCAAAAGCUUCUGGUGCUGGCUAGAGCAGCCGAGAACGAACGAGCAAGGAUUCGUCGAGAGGCAAUUCAGCGUGAAGCAAGCCAAAGGUUAGCCAGUCUCGAAGAUGAAGAGCAUAUGCGUCAAAUUGACUUCGAGCUCAGGAAGGCAGAAAGCCAGCUUGAAUCCGAUUUGCUCCUUCAGGAACUCGAGACACAGGAUACAGACCUCCAGCAGAGGGAACUUCUUGAGAGUGACCGUAGGAGCAGAACUUUGAACUGGGUUAAUGACAGUGUAGCUUCUGAUCGUGACCAUUCUGAGGCUGUAGGCGAUGAUACCCCCAACAUUGAGCCCAUUUUAGCAACAUCUGGUGAACCCGUAAGUAUGAGUUUCAGUGGAUCUGUUCAAUCAAAUUAUGGUUCAGUGACUAAAGUGGGGGGUACGGUUACCGAUUUCCUUGGGAUAACUUCCUCAACAGCUAUGCCGAGAUUGCAUCCAGCGAGCUAUACCCUUGCUUGCCCACCAGCGUCCGUCACGCUGGUGCAGCGCGCGUCGAAUUCCGCAUUUCUGUAUGGCGAUGUAGGGGCAGCGAAUACUAACUUCAGGUCAGUGCCUUCGGUACUUAAUCCAAUGUCAGUCCCUUUCACUCCUACUGUUGUAGUUACCUCAGUCUCUCCACAGCCUGCUGGAGAUGGGCGGCUUCCCAGUGUCCUACCGAGUGCUAAGUUGGGGAUCAUCUCAUCACCCGCCAAUUCCCAGACGCCAGGAGGUGAGAAUGAUCAUCGUAACCCGGCCCUGCCGGCAGGUAACAAGUUGCCAAGGUCACCGGAACACUCACAGCAGGAUGAGUCUGGUUGUAUUAAAUCAGCUAAUCCCAACCUGAGUGAUUCGAGUCACGCUGGCACCCCACCUAAAAAUGACUGUGAUUGCAUUGGCAGAAAGAACGACCACGAGUCCAGCAAGGUCUCCACUUCCCAAGCCAGAUCAAGUCCAGCUCCGGUUCCAAGUGUUCCUGCACCACUUACCUAUGGGUAUGGUAUGCUGAGGGACAGUCUACCGAAGCUCGACAUUCCCAAGUUCAACGACGAGCACAAUGUGAAACAAUAUGUCACCUUCAGGUCUCUUUGGGACAGUAUCAUGAACAGAUCAGAGUGUGGUUUACCAGAGGCUACCAAAUUCGCUUAUUUGCGUGGUCAUCUGGGUGGGCGUCCCUUGGCGAUUGCAGAUAGAAAUCUUGUCCUCGGGGACGACGCUUAUUCGACAACGAUGAAGCAAUUCCAGAAGGUGUUUGGAGAACCAGGAAGGGUUGUUCAAGGUUUGCUGAGCCAGCUGGAAACGUAUUCCCAACUUUCAAACAGUGAUUGGGCAGGCUUGCGAGAUUUUUCCGAUGAGGUUGCCACGAUGGUUCAGACGUCCAAGAAAUUGGGCUUUGAGGUGGAGCUCAGGCACCAUAAGUAUGCUGUAGAGUUAGCAAGUAAACUCCCAGAACGGCUGCAUACAGAUUUUUUGUCGAAGAUGUGGCAUCGAGAUCGUGGAUUGACGUACACCGUAGAGCAUCUCAGUGAAUGGCUGGAAAGGAAGAGUGGUCCCGUUGGGCUAAUUCUUUUGGAGAAGUCACAGAAGGUCAAGUCAAGUAAGGGUUCAGUCCAAAAGCAACAAUAUGGCAACAGUCACCGACAACCACCAAGAAAACCUGCAUUUGGUGCUCCGCCGUCUGCGAAGACAUACGUAGCCAAGACAAACUCACCCCAGCCAGAUAGAGCUAAGAUUGGUAGCAAUGGGUCAGCAGACUGGGCGGCCAAGAGGGCAACAUGUCUGUUCUGCCAGGUCAGUGAAUCAGGCCAUUAUCUGGAGACGUGUGACAAAUUCCUCAAGUUGAAUCUGGAGCAAAAGAUGAAGUGGCUGAAAGCAAAUGACCGAUGCUUCAAGUGUGGCAAGAAACAUGGAAAAGAUUGCCAAUUCCCUAAAAGGUGCAAGGAGUGUGAGGGUGAUCACCGAAGCAGCCUACAUGAUGUGGCUACGAAGUCAGCUGCAAAACCAAAGGGUGCUGCGCUCUGCACAGGGGUUGGUACUAAAACCCUGAGUCUUGACUAUGAACGGGAUGUCUUAAUAAAGACCGUUCCACUCACUCUGUAUGGACCGGAGGGGGAGUUAAACACCUUUGGGGUACUUGAUGAGUGUGCAGAGAGAACCAUGAUUGUCCCUUGGGCUGCAAAAAUGUUGAACAUUCCAGGGAAGGAAGAAACUCUAAGAGUUGAGACUGUCAUGGGAGACACCAACUGGGCAGGCAAAUGUGUUGACUUUGCAGUGUCAGCCCGAGGAGAUCCCGGCCAGCAGUUCCUGAUCACAUGUGCGUUCACCGCCGACAACAUUCAGUUGACUGACUACAGUGUUUCAGCUGACAGGUUGCAAUCCAAGUGGCCACAUCUGAGGAAUCUGCCUCUGUUCUCUGCGGAUCGAGUCAAGCCAGCAGUGUUAAUCGGGGCUGACAUCAUUGAGUUGACCCUCUCCACUGAAGUACGCACUGGGCCCAAGAUGAGGUCCCCAGUAGCAGUGAACACACUCUUCGGCUGGACGGUUCAGGGCAGACAGGGUUUGCAGUAUUCCGGAACCAUUCCUGAGAGCAAGCAAAUUUUGUUCACUGCGUGUCAAGACCCAGAGCACCAGCUCCACCGUAUGAUGGACCGGUUCAUGACCAUCGAUAAGUUGCCACAUGUCAACACAAAGGAGGUAACCCGCUCCAAGGAGGACAAACUUGCAAUCAAAAUUCUUGAGGAAAACACAGAACGUGUGAAGGUAGAUGGGGUUCAACGCCUUCAAACGCCAUUGCUGAAGAAGUCAGGGAGAGAACUUCCAUCCGGUACCCCAGAAUCUGUUCGUGCAUUGGCACGCUCCCACCGGAGGAAGAUGAUAGCCAACCCAGCCAUGGCCGAAUAUUGUCGGACAUAUAUGCAGAAGUUGAGAGACCAAGGACAUGUUCAAUGCCUCGGCCCAGUGGAGGACUUGACGCCUGAUGCACUGCAGGGGUGGUACAUACCAUAUCACGUCGUCUACAGCAGCGGCAAACAUCGGUUGGUUUUCAACUGCUCUUUCACAUUUGCUGGCCAGAAUUUGAAUGAGGUGUUGUUGGCAGGUCCAACACUGGGUCCAUCAUUGUUGGAAGUACUCCUGCGUUUCAGACAACGAAGAGUGGCAGUCUCUGGAGAUAUAACUGCCAUGUUUCAUCAGAUCAGGUUGUCCCCUUCUGAACGACGGGCAUUCAGGUUCUUGUGGUGGGAUGAAGCCUCAGAAAAAUGGGUAGUUGUUGAAUGGGUGGUCUUGCCAUUUGGUGCUGCCUGCAGCCCGUGUUGUGCAACGUUUGCUCUGCAAAAGCAUGCCAGGGAUUUCAACCAACAGUACCCUCUUGUUCGGGACACAAUCGAACAAGAAACCUAUGUUGACAACCAGCUGGCGAGUAGGGAUACUGUCGAGCAAGCCAGGAACCUGGUCAACAGUACACGCCAGUGCCUGCAGGAAGCUGGCUUCCAGAUGGUAAAGUACGCCAGUAGCCAUACAGAAGCAGUCGAGCACUUACCACAAGAGGCCCGAUCUGAUCGUCAUGUUCGGUCCCUCUCCCUAGAUCAGUGGGAUGGGGAUCCGGAACCAGCAUUAGGACUUCACUGGGAUUGCAGAAGUGAUGAGUUAUAUCACCCAGCCAAACUUCCUCAGCUUGGACCGCUCACCAAGCGAACUGCGCUCAGGUUGCUAGCGAGUCAGUUUGAACCCCUUGGUGACAUUGCCCCUUUCACGGCCAGGGCAAAGUUGAUUGUUCAGGAGUUAUGGAUGUCCAAACUCGAUUGGGAUGAAGAGGUGACUAGUGUUGAUAUCCAAAACAGGUGGCAAGAAUGGUGUUCAGAACUACAACAUAUUCCUUUGGUUCGGCUUCCGCGUUGCUACACUCCGUUUCAGGUUGACACUGGCAGUGCAAAAAGGAGUCUCCAUGUGUUCUGUGAUGCCUCUGAGAAACUCUAUGGCGCAGUUGGCUACUUACGCUCUACAGACGAAGGAGGAGAUGUCCAUCUGGGUUUUGUACUUGCAAAGUGCCGAGUGGCCCCCAAACGUCAGCUGUCAAUACCACGCCUCGAACUUAUGGCCGCUUUGGUGGGAGCACAGCUUUCCAAGACUGUGCGUGAUGCCCUCACAGUUGACAUAGAUGACACAGUUAUGUGGUCUGACUCUACAACUGUACUUACCUGGAUCAAUUCAGAUUCUUGUCGGUACAAGGUCUUUGUAGGAACACGGAUUGCAGAAAUACAAACCCUUACUGAAGGUGACAAGUGGAUGUAUGUCAACACGAAGGAAAACCCUGCAGAUGACAUCACCCGUGGACUGUCUGUUUCUGAGCUUGGUAAAGGCUCACGAUGGACUGAAGGGCCUCCUUGGUUACUGCAUCCCCCAGAUACCUGGCAGUGUGACCGUGCACCAGUGAGUGUGCCUGAUGAAUUGUCAGUAGUGGAAGAGAAGGAGAUCAAGAAAUCUCUGUUUUGUGGCCUGACAGCGGCUGAUUCUGUGGUUAGUCCAGUGGCGGAUGUGGACUUGUGUGCCUUUGAUAAUUGGACUGCACUUGUGGAUGCAGCAGGAAAGCAGGUUUAUGCCAAGGUAAACCUGGAGGGUGGUGUACUCGAUCCUGACCAGAUCUCUGAAGUAGAGUGUCAGCUACUUCAGCGUGCCCAGCAGGAAAGUUUUCCUCAAGAGCUAGUGGCUCUUGUUGCUGGCAAGCAGGUACAUCGUUCCAGUCGCUUACUUCAACUUGCUCCAGAACUUGACACCUCCAGCAAACUUAUUCGAGUAGGUGGUCGACUCCGAAAUAUACAGAAAGAUGACUCAGUACCCUUGGAACCACACCCAGUAGUCCUCGAUCCCCACCAUCCUGUCACCAAGCUACUCAUCAAGGAGGUUGAUGAACAUUUCCAUCAUCAAGUCGGGACUGAUCAGGUGUUCGCCCAUCUGAGGCGAAGAUAUUGGGUAUUGCGUGGGCGGAGUGCAGUGAAAGGCAUACUCCGCAGUUGUGUUCAGUGUCAACGCUGGCGCAAAAAACCAGAGGUCCCUCGUAUGGCAGAUCUUCCCAAGUGUCGACUUAGGUUACACAAGCCACCUUUCUUUUCAACUGGGAUGGAUUGUUUUGGUCCUAUGUCUGUCAAAGUUGGGAGGCGUGAUGAGAAACGCUGGGGUCUGAUAUUUAAAUGCAUGACCACUAGGGCUGUCCAUCUUGAACUGGUGGCCAGCAUGGAUACCGAUCAAUUCCUUAUGGCGUAUCGGCGCUUCGCCUCUCGCAGAGGGGUGCCCUACGAGUUGCUUAGUGAUUGUGGCACCAACUUUAAGGGUGCGGACUCCGAGAUCCAGAAUUCUCUGAAGGAGAUGGAACCAGCUAUGGUGCAGAAACUCUCCAAGUACAAGGUUCGCUUUCGAUUUAACCCUCCUAACGCUCCCCAUUUUGGUGGAACUUGGGAGCGAGAAGUUCGUUCUGUGAAGGGGGCUCUACGGGCUGUGCUGCAAGACCGUACAGUUUUUGAGCCUGUACUACAUACCCUCUUAGUCGAAGUCGAAGGUAUGAUGAACUCCAAACCAUUAGGUUAUGCCUCCACAGAUAUUGCUGAUGCCGAUCCAGUCACCCCCAACAUGUUGUUGAUGGGGCGGCGGGACCCUGCCUUACCAAUGGUUCUGUAUGAUGAGUCUGAUUUAAGGGGACGACGCAGUUGGCGUCACAGUCAGAUUUUGGCCGACCAGUUUUGGCGUCAAUUCAUUCGUUCCUACCUGCCUGCCAUGCAAGUACGCCAAAAGUGGCAACAGGAAGUAGGAAAUCUUGCAGUUGGAGAAGUUGUAAUGAUCGUUGAUCCCCAGCUCACUAGGUCCCAAUGGCCAGUUGGUAAAGUUUCUGAACUACUCCCAUCCAGUGACGACCGCGUCAGGGCUGUUCGUGUUAAGUUUAACUUUUCAGGCAUUCGUCCAAAGUUCCUGUUAGUAACAGUUCCUGUUGAGUUUGAUGAGUGGUGCCCAACCUCCGAUAUUGUACUUAAACCAGAUGAACAUGAGUUGAGCAAUGCCUAUGAUUGUUUUGCAAGCAGACUAAAGAUUCAAGUAAAAGAACAGCUGAAUGUUGCUCGUAUGAGGGACUCCACCAUCACCGUGCAAGUGCCAGUGCAAAAACAGAAGUUCAACAAAUUCUUGAGGGAUGUGAAUGCUUCUCUGUGGGAAAACCAACGGCGCCAGGGAGGUGUAUCGAGCAACAAUUCCUUCAGUAGGACAGGUGCUGGGAAAGGAUUGGUGGUUCCGAAUAUGUAA